UUUGUUUUGAAAAUCCUGACCGGAAGCCUUGCGGUAACUGCAGCUAGAGCACAGAGCUAACGCUAACUGCACUGUACUCCUUGCUGUGAAAACUAAGUCGUUUGUUUUAACGUGUUGACAUUGGUCCGGUGUAGGAGUUGGUCUUUCAAACGCUGGUCUUAGAAAACAGGUUGGCUCUCCUCGGGAACGCGAUCACUCUGGGUGCGUGUGUGUCACCUUGGCUGUGGUCCUCAGUCCUGUCCUCAGUCUCUCUGGGUGUGGAUGAUACUGGCCCUGUGCCAGUCCUCUGUAGAUGAAGAUGUCCCUGGCCCAGCGAGUGCUCCUCUCCUGGAUAUUCGCCCUGAUCUUCCUCAUCAUGCUGGUCCUCAAGCUGGACUCCAAGAUCCACUGGAACUGGUUCCUCAUCUUCCUCCCCGUCUGGACCUUUGACACCAUCCUCAUCCUCAUGCUGAUUGUGAAGAUGGCAGGGCGCUGCAAGCCAGACUUUGACCCCAGGGAUGGUGAGCAGAGCCUGAAGAGGAGGCUGUGGUACCUGACAGCCCUGCUGCUGAAGCUGGCUUUCUGUCUGACUCUGUGCUCCCGCCUGGAGAGGCUGACCGAGAUGUGGGUCAGCGUGGUGUGUGUCCCUCUGUGGGUGCUCCUGGGUGGGGCGCUGGUCGAGCUGGGACACAGUGUUUUCCACUAUAGGAGGGACUGAAAUGGAGGACUCAGCAGUACUUGAUUUUGAACUGUAAUACAGGGGACAAAAACCUUUUACACUCCAGCUUCUCUAGCUAUGAAUGCACCAACCCAGUCCAAUGGAUUGGUAUCAGAGCCGUUUGUGUAUCAGCCAGAUUUGACUGAUGCACAUAAAACACUGUUUCUUUGUCAAUGUCAUUACAAAACUCACUUUUUCUGCUAUAAGCUGCUUAAGUUACAGCAGGUUGCCAAAUCAACGGGCUCCCGUGAGUUCUUCACAGUGUGGUAUACAGGUUUAAAAUAGAAGAAGAGAGCAUUAUAUUGAUGUGGCAUUCACAUUGUGGCCUUCUAGUUUGUCUUUAGGCAACAGUAGAAAAGUAGAAAUCAUGAACUGUGAGCACACAUAUGCACACAUGUAUGCUGUAAUGUCUAAUGUGGUGUCCAUUUACCACUGACACAUGAAUUACCCAAUCUGCACUAGCAUGCACUGUGUGCCACUGAGCCAUAUGAUACCUGUUAGUGGAGUCACUGUUGCAAAUAUAUCACUAUCUGAGCAUGUCUGCACCCAUCUCAGGAUGUCUCUCUGUCGCUGUCAGUUUGAAUGUAAGCUCCCAACAUUCUCCAGCUGCAUGGAUUAAAUGCGUCCUUUGGAAAAGAUGCAUUUUCAUGUAAAAAAUGCAGUUGUGAAGGCAAAAUAUCUAUAAUUCUGCUGGAUGAAAGGACAUGCUGUUCCCUAAAUCAGGGCUUAUUCUCUGUGCGGUGGCAUUUUUUGGACAUUUCAGACUCACCUUGUCAGGCACAGCUCAUCGUCGUCAGACUCAGCUGUCAUCUGUGUGAAGUGAAUUUUGUCACGGCUCGACAUCUGUCAAGCUUGAGCUGCACUUCAUCCCUUGUCAGUUACAUUACAUUCAUUUGGCGCAGACUUUACAGUAAGUGUAAGCUGUUUUCGCUGUAAUCCUUAGCUGUGGUUGGUGUUUUAUUAGUAAAAUCUGAACCUUUCCACUACAAGUCAAAAUGUCUGAUGUGAAAAAAGCCUGCCUGCAGUGAGCAAGUUAACAUAAUGACAUUUAGCAUGUUGGCAGUCUGUAUUAGCAUCAAAGUUCCCAGAUAUCCUGUCAUGAACUGAAGUGAUGAAGAAGUAGACAUUUUGGAGCUGACAGUGGCAACUCAUCCAGUACUGUUGGACUAACAUCGUCAUCUUUAGACCCGAGCUGCUCAAGUACCUAGAGAGACAAAUAUUGAAACCUUGAUGACAUGAAAUGCAGGCGAGACAUUAAUAUCAACAAAGUCACUAUUUUGAACCAUUUAUUGAGAGGUUCUGAUCAGAGUAUAAAUCACACUACCAAGUCUUAUCUUAAGAAAUAAAAUGUAUUUACAACAAAAUUUUCACAUACAUCGGUUUCAAAUAAAAACAGACAGUAAAUGAUAUAAAUAAGUUCUAUGGAAAAUAAAACUUGUCUUACAAAAAAUAUAUGCAAUUUCUGUAUACAUUUUCUCACAUUGGUGCUAAUAACAUCUAUACUGUACAGUUUUGGUACAUACAGUAUCAUUUACAGCCCUGUGUGAGUCAAACAAAGUCCAGUCUGAAAACAACUACUUGCUCCAAUUUUGGAGUGUUAUAAACAACAAACCCCAUCGACUAAAGCAACAUGGCAAAGAGAGGAUUUCAGCAGGAGCUCUGAGACUUGCUGACAUGUUCCAAAUAGUGAACGCAGGUUAAUUCCUACAGCAGGAUGGUUGUUUUCAGAUUGGCUAGUCCAGUACCUAAAAUAGGUGCUUUAAGAGCGAAGCUAAGUAGUGCACAGGCACUGACACACGGGUCACAUAACAUUUUUGUAUAGAGCCUACAUACAUUCGCUAACAGACGUGAAGUGAGCUACUUAGCUUACAUUCUUAGGCGCUGUUAAAAUACUUGGAGACUGCAUCCUUGUUUCACGACGUCACUGGAGUGAUGAAGCUGUGUCAGCAGAGUAAUGGAAUGCACCCGCUUGUCUAUUAAAAUUAAAAAGGCCAGUUCAUGUCUGAAGGAAGGAUGCAUCUUCAAAUAUUUUAACAAAGCCUCAGCGUAAGUUGUACAGUAAAAAAAAAAAAAAAGAAGAA